CCGCCCCUCGGAGCCAUGGCCCCCUCAUGCACAAGCGCGCCUCCUACUCGUCAACAAGAUCCUCCCCCGGCCGCUUCUCAUCCAGCUUCCAGUAGUCGGUCGCCUCCGCCGCGAGUACGACUAGCAGUGGUUCUGAACGAUUGACGGGGUAGCGACUCUUGCGGCGGCGGCCAUGGACCCGUGGAUCGGCGGGCAGCCUUCCCUGAGCCUGGACCUCAACGUCGGCCUGCCCACGGCGCGCCCGGUGGCACCGGCGGCCAAGGUCCUCGUCGAGGAGAACUUCUUGGCCGUCAAGAAGGAGCGGGAGGUGGAGGCGCUGGAGGCGGAGCUCCGGCGAGUGGGCGAGGAGAACAAGCGGCUCAGCGAGAUGCUGCGGGCGCUGGUGGCCAAGUACACCGAGCUGCAGGGCCAGGUCAACGACAUGGUGGCCGCGGGAAACAACCGCCAGUCCUCCACGUCGGAGGGCGGCUCGGCCGCCUCGCCGCCCAGGAAGCGCAUCCGGAGCGACAGCCUCGACACCGCCGGCGGCGGCCACCACCGCAAGCCGUCGCCGCCGUUCGCCAUCCCGGUCCACGACCAGAUGGAGUGCACGUCGGCCGCCGUGGCCGUCUUCCACGAGCCCGGCAGGCGCAUCCGGGAGGAGUGCAAGCCCAAGGUGUCCCGCCGAUACGUCCACGCCGACCCCGCCGACCUCAGCCUCGUGGUGAAAGAUGGGUACCAAUGGCGGAAGUACGGACAGAAGGUGACCAAGGACAACCCGUGCCCGCGCGCCUACUUCCGGUGCUCCUUCGCGCCGGCGUGCCCGGUGAAGAAGAAGGUGCAGCGCAGCGCGGAGGACAAGACCAUCCUGGUGGCCACGUACGAGGGCGAGCACAACCACGGGCAGCCGCCGCAGCACGACGGCAAGGGCGCGAAGCCGGCCGCGGCGAGCGAGGCGGUCCGGCCGGCGCCACUGCCUCUGCAGCAGCAGAAGCAGCAGCAGCAACAGAGGCACGAGGCCGCGGCGGCGGGACCAUCGGAGGUCGUGAGGAAGAACCUGGCGGAGCACAUGGCGGCCACGCUGACGAGGGACCCCGGAUUCAAGGCGGCGCUCGCCAGCGCGCUCUCCGGCCGGAUCCUCGAGCUCUCGCCGACCAGGGAUUGAUUAUAUAUUAGGACCUGAACCACGAACGAUUGGUCCGUAGAUAGCGAAUUGAUGAUUCAGAUUCAGACGAUUAGCCGCGAUAACUCAAAAAAAGUUUCACGAUCCAAAGUAAAUUCGAGUGGCUGUUGAUUGCAUAGGAAUGCAUCCAUGAGCGGUGCGCCGGUCACCAUUGCGGUGUUGCUAAUUCAAGUUAGUGCUCCAUUCAAGCUAAGCUCUGGGGACGAAGCGUGGAGUAGCUGUCUAAGCAUGUCGCCCGGCGCUCGGAUUUUGAUGCAAAUUUGCUAAUGCAAAGAGCAAUAUUAUACAGUUCGUGAUCAAGUUCUUGAUGAAGAGACCAUGUUCGUGCUUGUACGGCGUGGUAUGUCGAAUACUUGCAUGCUGCUGUGUAAUCGACCAAGGAUUGAAGCCCGUGCAAA